AUGGCCCCUGCAGAUGCUAAAGGGACCAUCCGGGAAAUUGUCCUGCCUAAGGGCUUGGACCUGGACCGACCCAAGCGGACCCGCACGUCCUUCACAGCUGAGCAGCUAUACCGCCUGGAAAUGGAGUUCCAGCGCUGCCAGUACGUGGUGGGCCGUGAGCGCACUGAGCUGGCCCGCCAGCUGAACCUCUCCGAGACCCAGGUCAAGGUCUGGUUCCAGAAUCGCCGCACCAAGCAGAAGAAAGACCAGAGCAGGGACCUGGAGAAGCGGACGUCCUCCGAGGCCUCCGAGGCCUUUGCCACCUCCAACAUCCUGCGGCUGCUGGAGCAGGGCCGGCUGCUGUCCGUGCCCAGGGCGCCCGGCCUCGUGGCGCUGAGCCCUGGCCCUCUGGGCCUGCCUGCCGGCCACCGGGGCGCCUCGCCGGGAGACCCCAGGAAGUCCUCCCCGUGCCUCAACCCCCUGACCUCGGCCUCCGCGUCCCCGCCGCUGCCACCGCCUCCGCCAACCCUCUGCUUCCCCUCUGCCCCCCUCCUGGACCUCCCUGCCUGCUGUGAACUCGGUUCCUCGGCCUUCGAGCCCUACAGCCGGCUAGAACGGAGAGUGGGCAGCCCUGGUGGUGGCAAAAAAGCCAACGUUUAGGCCUCCACCGCCCCCCGCGACCCCGAGUCCCCGAGCACGGCACUGCCCCUGACUCCCCUGCCCCAUGGACUGCCCCGAGCAGGCACCAGACGGGGGCAGCCGCACACCUGGCCCUGCCCCCCCAGACUGUGGACCAGGAGGCCUGGGUCCCGCGGCUCGUGUGUGUGAGUGCAGUGUGCGUGCGUGUGCCUCUCACUGAAAUAAAGGAAAACAAUGACAAGAAGGGAAACAGAGUCCCCGCAGCACCACCCCUGCCCCUCAGUGCCCCUCUCCUUCUCCUCACUGGGGAGGAAAAUGGGCUGAGCCAGGGGAGCUCAAGGGGAGGGGCAGAGCCAGAGCCCUGUCCACAGUUCGGGGGCGGGGGUACCCCGUGUGGCUGACGGGCACCCCUCUCCGGCUCCCAACUAGAGCCCCCCCUCGGGCACCGCAAAGCCGUGGUGGCAUUGCCAACGCUUUUGUUGGUUAAACAUUGCUCUGUGCCAGCAAGCUCCUCUGAAACGAGGACCCUUGAGAGGUAGGAAUGGGAAAUCCUUGGAGGGGGGACAGCGAAGGUGAGAGCCAGAGCCCGGCGGUCGGUGCAGAGCUCCCCGAGCCUCCGAGCAGGCCGUCACCCUCGCCAGGCCCCGAAGCACUUCUCAAAGGUGUUUUGUUGUUGUUGUUGUUGUUCAAGUAAGACACUUGCAUUUAACUGUUUGCUUUGCGAGGACUGUGGAUCCAGGAGGUUGCAAAGAUGCCUCAGAGAAUUCCUCGUACCCUCCACGCAGUUCCCCCAGGGGCUGCUUUCUCCGUAACCCAGGUUGACGGCAGGACUGGUGCUGCGUGCGUAGCUCCCCGUGAGGUGUGUGGGGCCCCCGCACUGCAGCCGGGGUGCGGCACUGCCAUGAGCGCAGGGCCCCCGCCUUCCCAAACCCCCCACCCACGAGCCAUCUUCCAAACAAUGGGAAUCAUGAGAGAGGGACAAGGGACCAGAAAUG